CGGAUCUUCCUGGCGAGAAGAUAGUUCCUGCUGUACGCUGGCCGUUUCCUGUAAUCGUACAGUGUUGUGAGACGGAGAAAGCCAUGUGUGUCGAUGCAAAGCAGAAUCUCAUUUUCCUUCUUUAGGCCCUUAGAGGACAUUGUUGGUGAAGGACUCCAAGGGGAGAAGACAGGCAGAGUUUGGGAGAGUAAAGGGCAGGGAAGAGGGUGGGGAGAACAGGAGGGCCCUCUUUUCCUUCGCCUCGCUCCUUGUCACAUUGUCCGGCUGCCACCCACCUCUGAAGGGUCAAUGACUGGAGAGCAGCUUGUAGUCUUCGUAACGACGUGGGGCUGGGCCUGUAAUUUGCAUCUCCGGUUUUCAUAAACUGUUUGAAGAGAUGGCUGACCCCAUAAUGGACCUAUUUGACGACACACCACUGUUCAACCUUGACUCCCUGCCAGAGGAUGCGUUCUCUCAGGGCUCUUCAGACCCUGUUGAGGAGGCACUAAAGUUGGCCCUUGGCCAGGUUGAUCCUCCUGUUGAUCCUCCUGUUGAUCCUCCUGUUGAUCCUCCUGUAGACCCUCCAGUAGUCCCAGCCUCUGUCCCACCUUCACAACCAGUCUCAGACCCCCCGAUUGUCCCUGUCCUUAUUAACCCUGCCCCAGCUCCAGUACCCAUAGCAGCCCCGGUUCCAUCAGUACAGCUUCAGACGCAGCAGACGACCCACAUCUCGCUUGCGCAGGCGGUGUCCAUUUCUCCUGCUCCAGUUACUGUUCAGGCAGUGCCUCAGACCUCCCUUCCUGUGGCCACUAGCAGUGGUGCACCGACCACGGUGCUGCUAAGCUCCCACUUGGGUGUGCCCGUGUCUGGGGCUCAGGUCACCACGCAGCAGCUUGCUGCGGUCACGCAACAGACUGCCGGCCAGACGGCCCCUAAAAUAGUGAUCCUGAAGGGCCCUCAGGGUCAGGCCCAGGUGCUACAGAGUGUUGGGGGAAAUGCAGGCUCGCCCGGAAAGCUCACCAUCGCCCGAGUCCUGACCAGGACUCCUCUGAGACCUGGAAUGUCUAUCGUAUCAGGCGGCACUGUGUUAAAUGCGGCGCAGCCCGUGCAGGGACAGGUGAAAGUAGGCACAGGUGUUCAGAGGCUGGUACAGACACCCAACGGACCCGUCAAGCAGGUGCUGAUGACUACAUUACCCCAGACUCAAACGCAGGUGCAGAUACCUGCGCAGACGCAGCUCACACAGCCGCAGGUGCAGCAGCUGCAAAUCCAGGCCCAAGCACAGCCAGCACAAGUGCAGACGCAGGUCCAGUUGCAGACGCAGGCCGCAGUGCAGGCACAAGGUCAAGGACAGGCUGCUCCGGCUGGUGGAGCUACAGCGACAGUUCGGCCGCAAGGAAUAACCCUGGCCACAGUCCCACAACAGGGCGAGGCUAAGAGAAUCACACUGGUGCUACAGCAGCCCGCUCAGGGUGGAGCUGCUCAGGCAGGAGCCGUGACACUUGGCAGCGCUCCAGGUGCAGGGGCCGGACAGCAGGGCCAGCAGCACAGGCUGGUGUUGGGCUCUCUGCCGGGGAAGUUGGUCCUUCAGGGGGGCCAGCUGGCAGCUCUCACCCAGGCUAGAACAGGUCAAACGGGGGCACAGCCCAAAGUGCUCACCAUCCAGCUGCAGGUUCAGCAGCAGCCCAACCAGCAGGGGGCCAAGUUUCAACUAGUCUCUGGUGCACCCGGUGCUGGUGGCAGCCCACAGGUGGUGCAGAUUUCUCAAGGCCAAGGAGGACAGAGACUGGCAGUGCCUCUAAAACUUCUGCUACAGCCACAGACGAGCUCGGCCUCUGGUGCAGGAGCUGUGUCUGUGGUCAAAGUCAUCAAUACCUCAGCUGGCUCUGCCACUAGCCCUUGCACCACGGCCACUGUGGCGGGGGUACGCGUGGCCAAAGCCCCGGACUCCGUGCGCAAAGUGGAGAGCCUGUGUAAGCAAGAGAAAGCCAAUCGUAUUGUAGCUGAGGCCAUCGCUCGGGCUAAAGCCAGAGGUGAGAGGAACAUCCCGCGGGUGCUCAACCAGGAUGAACUGCCUGCCGGACAGACUUCCACUGACCAAGACGGCUCUGCGACUCCCGCUGGGGCCAAGAAGAAGAGUAGUGGAGGCAGCAAGAAGAAGAGCCCUACCUCAGGUGCUGCAGGGAAAUCUGUGGCCAGCGGGGAUAAGAAGGUUAAGGUGAAGACUCCUGGGUCUACAGUGGCUGGAGGAGCAGGAGGAAGUGGCAGUAAAAGUAAAAGCAAAACAAAACCAAACACCAUUACUCUAGUGGGUAUCAAGAAAAGAAAGAGAAAUCCAUCUUCUGAUCAUUCAGACGGGGAGCUGAGUCCUCCUGCCUCGCCUCGCACACAGGAGGAGGAUUUAUCUCAGAUGAGACGCUCCAAUCGUCAAGUGAAAAGAAAAAAGUACACAGAGGAUUUAGAUAUUAAAAUCACAGAUGAUGAAGACGAGCCAGAGGAGGAAGUGGACGUGACCACUCCAGCAGUCGUGACAACAGGGCUGCCUCAACCUGUUGCCCCUGAACUUCAGGGGCUAGAAGGAGAUGGCCUUCCCAGCAUGCAGUUCUUUGUGGAAAAUCCAAGUGAGGAAGAUGCUGCGAUUGUGGAUAAAAUCUUGUCCAUGCGUCUGACCAAAAAGGAGGUGUCUCAAGGACAUUAUAUCACUGUUGAGGAAUUCUUUGUCAAGUACAAAAACUACUCUUACUUGCACUGUGAAUGGGCCAGUAUGGAGCAACUUGAAAGGGACAAAAGGAUCCACCAGAAACUGAAGAGGUUUAAGACAAAACAAGCUCAAAUGAGACGCAUCUUUCAGGAGGAUGAGGAGCCUUUCAAUCCGGAUUACGUGGAAGUGGACCGCAUCCUGGAUGAAUCCAAUAGUAUAGACAAAGACAAUGGAGAGCCGGUGGUGUACUACUUGGUGAAGUGGUGCUCUCUGCCCUAUGAAGAUGCCACAUGGGAGCUGAAGGAAGACGUAGACGAGGGCAAGGUGGAGGAGUUUAGGAAGAUCCAGAGUCGCCAACCAAGACUCAAAAAAACGCCCCGCCCACCUGCAAGCUCCUGGAAGAAGCUGGAGCAGUCCCGAGAGUACCGUAGUGGGAACACCCUCCGAGAGUACCAGCUAGAGGGAGUCAACUGGCUGCUCUUCAACUGGUAUAACAGGCAAAACUGUAUUCUGGCAGAUGAAAUGGGUCUGGGUAAAACCAUCCAGUCGAUUGCGCUGCUGUCUGAAGUGUUUGCUGCAGGGGUUCAGGGGCCCUUUCUGAUCAUUGCCCCUCUAUCAACCAUCACUAACUGGGAACGGGAGUUCUCCACGUGGACCGAAAUGAACGCUAUCGUGUAUCACGGCAGCCUGGCCAGCCGGCAAAUGAUCCAGCAGUAUGAGAUGUAUUGUAAAGAUGAAAAGGAGCACCUGAUCCCAGGAGCAUACAAGUUUGACGCUCUGAUCACAACAUUUGAAAUGAUUCUGUCGGACUGCCCAGAGCUGAGGGAGAUCAACUGGCGCUGUGUGAUUAUUGACGAGGCUCACCGCCUGAAGAAUCGGAACUGCAAGCUGCUCGACAGCCUGAAGAUGCUGAACGUGGAACACAAAGUGCUGCUGACGGGAACUCCUCUGCAGAACACCGUGGAGGAGCUGUUCAGUCUGCUGCACUUUCUGGAGCCGGCCCAGUUUCCCUCCGAAACAGAAUUCCUGCGUGAUUUUGGAGAUCUUAAAACAGAGGAGCAGGUGCAAAAACUGCAAGCAAUUCUGAAACCCAUGAUGCUGCGCAGACUAAAGGAGGAUGUAGAGAAGAACUUGGCACCGAAGCAGGAGACCAUUAUUGAGGUGGAGUUGACAGAUGUGCAGAAGAAGUACUACCGUGCCAUUCUGGAGCGCAACUUCAGCUUCUUGAGCAUGGGAGCCAGUUCCAACAGCAACGUCCCCAAUCUCCUAAACACCAUGAUGGAGCUUCGCAAGUGCUGCAACCACCCGUAUCUGAUCACAGGGGCAGAAGAGAAGAUCGUAGCUGAGCUGAGAGCGGUGUACGACCCCUCAGCUCCAGACUUCCACCUUCAGGCCCUGGUCCGCUCUGCAGGAAAGCUCGUCCUGCUGGAUAAAUUACUGCCUCGGCUUAAGGCUGGUGGACACAAAGUGCUGAUCUUCUCUCAGAUGGUGCGGUGCCUCGAUAUACUGGAGGACUACCUCAUCCAUAAAAGGUAUCUUUAUGAACGCAUUGAUGGUCGAGUAAGGGGAAACCUCCGACAGGCGGCCAUUGAUCGCUUCAGUAAGUUGGACUCCGACCGCUUCGUCUUCCUACUGUGUACCCGAGCUGGAGGCCUGGGUAUUAACCUGACUGCUGCAGACACCUGUGUUAUAUUCGACUCCGACUGGAACCCCCAAAACGACCUUCAGGCCCAAGCACGUUGUCAUCGUAUCGGCCAGUCUAAGGCAGUGAAGGUGUAUCGCCUGAUCACCAGAAACUCUUAUGAGCGGGAGAUGUUGGACAAAGCCAGUCUGAAACUGGGUCUGGACCGAGCUGUGCUUCAGAGUAUGAGUGGCAGUAAGGACAGUAAUGUCAACGGGAUCCAACAGUUCUCUAAAAAGGAAAUUGAAGAUUUGCUGCGGAAGGGAGCCUAUGCUGCGAUCAUGGAUGAGAAUGAUGAAGGCAGCCGGUUCUGCGAAGAGGACAUUGACCAGAUCCUCCAGAGGAGAGCCACCACCAUCACUAUUGAGAGUGAAGGCAAGGGCUCCACCUUCUCCAAGGCCAGCUUUGUGGCGUCUGAGAACAGAACAGACAUUGCCCUGGAUGACCCGGAGUUUUGGCAGAAGUGGGCCAAGAAAGCGGACAUAGACUUGGACAGCAUCAACAGAAAGAACACACUUGUGAUAGACACGCCACGAGUGCGCAAGCAGACACGGCAGUUUUCCACUCUGCGAGGGGACGGUGGUGAUCUUUCCGACAUGGACAGUGAUGAUGAGUACCCACCUCACAAUUCCAGACAGGCCCGCGCUUCCCGACGCUCCGACCGCCACGCCGGUGGAGGAUACGGUCGCACUGACUGUUUCAGAGUGGAGAAGCACCUGCUGAUUUAUGGCUGGGGGCGCUGGCGGGACAUCCUUGGUCAUGCUCGCUGUAAACGCCGUCUAGGAGAGAAGGAUGUGGAAACUAUCUGCAGGGUGAUCUUGGUCUUUUGUCUGCUGCAUUACCGUGGAGAUGAGAACAUUAAGAGUUUCAUAUGGCAGCUCAUCACUCCACCAGAGAACGGCCAAGAACCACAUUCUCUUCUUAACCACUCCGGUCUGUCCAUCCCGGUCCCUCGUGGCAGGAAGGGGAAGAGGGUGAAGACUCAGAGCUCCUUCGAUGUACAAAAGGUUGAGUGGAUCCGCAAGUACAACCCUGAGACUCUUCUGCUGGACGAGAGUUACCGCAAACAUCUUAAGCACCAGUGUAACAAGGUAUUGCUGCGAGUGCGUAUGCUGUAUUAUCUGAAACAGGAGGUAAUUGGGGAGCAUGCCGAUGCUGUACUGAGAGGAGUUGAUGGCAGGGACAUUGAUAUUUGGUUACCUGAAAUGGAACAACAGGAUGUUCCAACGGCGUGGUGGAAUGCAGAAGCUGACAGGUGCUUGCUGCUUGGUGUCUAUAAACAUGGAUAUGAGAUGUACACUACCAUGCGUGCGGAUCCCUGUUUGUGUUUCCUGGAGCGAUGUGGUCGCCCCGAUGAUCAAGAGAUAAAGGCUGAGCAGCACGCAGGAGAUGCAGAGCUGGGAGAUGGGCCAGACUUUGACAAAUACUCAGAGGACCCAGAGUUCAGGCCUAUGAGGCACGGUAAAGACAUGUUCGCAGAGACUGACUCCAGGAAUGCAGAUGAGAUCUGCGUGGAUGAUCACAUGAAUCCCAUGCUAGCUGAGGUGCAGGCCUCUACUACCAGCACUUACUGGCCGUCAAGCUCCUCGCUCACCGCACGACUCCGGCGGCUAGUCACAGCCUACCAGCGCAGCUACAGACGAGAGCAGCUGAAGAUGGAAGCUGCAGAGAAAGGAGACCGGCGCCGGCGGCGCUGCGAACAGGCCAGCAAACUCAAAGAGAUCGCCCGUCAGGAACGGCAGCAGAGGUGGACCCGUAGAGAGGAGUGUGACUUUUACCGGGUGGUGUCCACGUUCGGUGUGGAGAGAAUAAAGAGUGAGGAGGGCGUCCAAGAGAACGAGGAGACCAGACUGGACUGGGCGCGAUUCCGCACGUUUGCACGGCUGGAUAAGAAAACGGACGAGAGCCUGUCACGAUACUUCCGCUGCUUUGUAGCCAUGUGCCGAAGGGUGUGUCACUUGCGGCCGGCCCCUGGAGAAGAAUCUCAAGACCUGUCCCAGUCUCUAGCUCCCAUCACAGAGGAGCGAGCCUCACGCACACUGUACCGAAUCAGCCUGCUGUGCCGGCUGCGGGAGCGCAUCCUUCCCCACCCCUCCCUGGAGGAGCGCCUUUCCCUCGCACCACCCAGCUCUGACCUGCCCCGCUGGUGGAGCAUCCCCCAGCACGACCAUGAGCUGCUCCUCGGCGCCGUCUACCACGGCGUGAGCCGCACGGAGCAAUCCAUCUUCCCCGACCCGCAGUUUUCCUUCAGUCAGGCCCGUCAGGACUAUCUGCAGAACCAGCAGACGGCCCCGGCUGUGCCGGUCCAGACACACAGCCAGACGCUGGAGAAGAGCAGCGUUAAAGAAGAGCGGUUAGACGAGGAGGCUCGGCUCCUGGGGAUGGAAACUAUUUGCCAGUCAGACUCUCUGGUCACGCCGCUCUCCUACUCUAAAGGGGAGGGCGGAGGUCCCUUCGGAUGGAGCUGGAAGAAGAGCAGGGGGUCUAAAGGAAAGAAAGUAAGAGACACUGCUGGAGGAGAACAGUCAGACUCUGAUUCAGAUUCUGACUCAGACUCGUCAACUUCCUCUCAUCGUUCAGGCAGCUCAGACGACAGUGGGGACAGUGAUGUGGAGAGGCAACAGGUUCUUUCUACAGCUCCUUUAAAGAUGUGUGAUGUGGAUGAAGAGAACAGUACCCUCUCAUUCACACCGUCUCAAGAUGGAGCUCUGCCGGAAUCCGUUAGUGAAACUCAUCGUGUCGACUGGCCUAAGGACCGUGUGUUGAUAACCCGGAUAGAUAACCUGUGUAAUCUGGUUCUGACGGGGCACUGGCAGUCCGGGCGGCGGUACACCACAGAUCCUCAGCUGACCCUGCCCUCUGACGAGCACGGGCUUGGUGAGGACCUGAACUACGCCCGCGUGUCCCGACGAGCCAACACCACCCUCUCUGGAGAGGCUGUGGAUGGACAAGAAUCAGAGUUUACUGUUAAGCUGUUGAAAGAGGAAGGGCUGAAGUUGACGUUCUCCAAACAAGCUCUUCUGCCAAACGGGUCACCAGGGGAAGCAAGCAGUCGACGAAAGCGCAAAGACCUCGAGUUGUUCGAUUCAGGGGGAGGACUCCACGCUCCGCGCAAGAGGGACCUGCCCAACUGGCUGAAGGAGAACCCAGACUACGCAGUGGAGGGUGACAUGCUGGAGAUGCUGGUGAACAGGACCAAAAGGAAGAGGAGAAAGAAGAGGAUAGAGAAAGGAGCAAAUCUCACUGGCAUCGAGAGGGUUAAAGUUAUAGACAUGAGGACUGGCAAGAAGUAUGGAGGAAUAUAUGGGCCUGCACUGCAAGACCUGAAGGAGUAUCUGGAAGAGAAUCCUGAUCACGCUGUAGCACCUGAAUGGGCAGAUGCUGUCCGCAGCUCGGGCUUCCUGCCAGAAGGCUACUUCCACAGACUCCUGACUCUGCACACUUCCUUCCCCAAGAAGAGCCACCAUUACCUCUCUGACCCUUCAGCCCAGUCCGACCCUCUCCUGGGGGCAGUGGAGACUGAGACACUGGUCUCGGAUGGAGCGUACAUGAUGGACGAUGAGGACCUGGACGGCGGCGACCUCACGUCCUCUCACCACUUCCUGACGAGCGCCUACGACGUAAAGAUGGAGGCGGGCUCUCUGGACAUGGACGGAGGGGACGGUCUGUCGCAGGGCGGCUACGACAGCUCUGACAGGGAGGCCAUUUUGGAUGAUGUCAUCAUGGCACCUAAGAAUACGGAUUCUUCCUCGAGCUCGGAGGAUUGACCACGUCUCACUCUUCCCCUUGAUGUGUAGCCCCUCGAAAUCAUGACAUUCUUUUAUUAUAUCAACUCCAAAACACAACUUUAUUAUUAUUGUUAAUGUUAUUAUUUCAUUUUGCUUUUGAGGAAUUAUGGAUGUUUUUUUAUUUUUUUUUUUCUCCAGUCUUCGCAAAGUUGUCUUAAGUAGUUCUGAUGACGGGCAUCACUCUUAUGAUUUCCUCCUCCGACUCCGACAACUCUUCACUCGACCCAUGGUGUAAACUCCACGCCCAGUAAAUUAAAAUGUCUGUUCCUUCCUGUAUGUCGAAUGGUCAUUCAGCAUUCCCUUCAUGUUCUGUGGCUGGUGGGAACCUCAGGCUGGACUGUCUGUUGAACGUUACGCUGAAAGAGUACAUAUUUAUAUACUAACCUGAGCUGAGCCAUGGUGGUACCUCAAUCUCUUCUGACUGUGGCCGCUCACACGCCCAGUUCACCAAGUGAAGAACAUGGCUUUGGUUUAUUGGGUCUAUAUUUCUUUUCUAUUUUGGGGGGUUGGGUGGGCUUGGGAGCAGGGGGGAGGUUCAGGGUUAGAUACUGAAACCGAGAAUAAUGGGUUUAUUGUUCGGUGUAGAGUUGGUAAAAUGCCUGCAAUGAUGCAAAAAUUGAGUUUAUUCCUGUUUGAUGAAUUGACUCCAGCUGUCUCUGUGAUGUAAACAUGAAUAACAAUCUACCAUAGAAAUCCA